ACAGUGGGACUUUUUCAGUUACUAGAAUUUUGUAACAGUAGAACACACGCAUCAAUAACUUGGAGCAAGAGAUUGAAUUCUGAUUCAUUUAAACAUUGAUUGGUGUAAAAGAAAAGCCAAAGAUAUUAAGUGUUAGUUAUUUACUAUUUAUUUAUAAUUAUUAAGUGCUACAGUGUAAAGAUGGGCCAAAAAGCAUCAUGGCUCUUUCAAAUGGUGAGGUUGUAUUUCAGAGUGUCACAGCUUGACGUGAAUUCGCAGUGUGGUGACGUCACAGAAGGUCAGAAUGAUUUAGUCUGAGGUCAUUUGAUGUCUCGGAUUCACCCGACACUAAAUGCACCCUGGAGGCAACAGCCAACAAUAAACCCUCCUUACUGGUGAAAAUGUAUCCAAGCACCCUAACGCAGCUGGCAUGUUCGAGUCCUUUCCAUACUCCUCUGUUCUCCUGUAAACCUGUAGAUGAUCAGAAAGCAGAGAGCCGACAGAAUAAGCGUCAACUAGCUGCAGCAUCUCAUGAUGAUGCAGAUGUGAGCUGUGAAUAUGGGUCAAAUAAAUAUUACGCCCUCUGUGGUUUUGGUGGGGUUUUGAGUUGUGGUCUCACGCACACGGCAGUCGUGCCCCUUGACCUCAUUAAAUGCCGCAUCCAGGUGGACCCGGUUAAAUACAAGUCCAUCUUCAAAGGCUUCUCUGUCACCUUGAGAGAGGAUGGCGUGAGGGGACUAGGGAAAGGGUGGGCCCCUACAUUCAUUGGUUAUUCCAUGCAAGGCCUUUGCAAGUUCGGUUUCUAUGAAGUCUUUAAGGCCCUGUACAAUGAUAUGCUUGGAGAGGAGAACGCUUUUCUGUGGAGAACCUCUGUUUAUCUGGCCGCAUCUGCCAGUGCUGAAUUUUUUGCUGAUAUUGCACUGGCUCCUAUGGAAGCAUGCAAAGUGCGCAUCCAGACCCAGCCCGGCUAUGCAAACACCCUGAGAGAGUGUGCCCCUAAAAUGUAUGCUGAGGAGGGGCUAAAUGCUUUCUAUAAGGGUGUUUAUCCCCUGUGGCUGAGGCAGAUCCCUUACACCAUGAUGAAGUUUGCCUGUUUUGAGCGCACUGUGGAGAUGCUCUAUAAGCACAUAGUACCAAAACCCCGCAGCGAGUGCACCAAGCCUGAACAGCUAGUGGUGACCUUUGUUGCCGGUUACAUUGCUGGUGUGUUCUGUGCUGUGGUGUCCCAUCCCGCUGACUCUGUGGUGUCUGUACUAAACAAAGAGAAAGGCAGUUCAGCUGUUGAGGUGCUGAAAAGACUGGGACCUGCUGGUGUGUGGAAGGGGCUUUUUGCUCGCAUCAUUAUGAUUGGCACACUGACGGCCCUACAGUGGUUCAUCUAUGACUCAGUGAAGGUGUAUUUACGCCUGCCCCGUCCACCACCCCCAGAGAUGCCCGAGUCCCUUAAGAGGAAGAUGGGUCUUCUUGACCACUAGACUCCUCCCUUAACAUCUACACACACAUGAUUUUUUUAACAUUUACCAAUUACAGUAAAGUCCAUAGUUCAUGGUUUAUUUUUUAUCAGUGUUAAUAGCACCAGCAGGCCGUGAAAAUCAACGAUAAGAUACACAAGACUCUGCUUUGGAUUUCUCCAGUGUCACUGUAUGUCUGUAUGAAUAUUAGAGUAAACUGAAAAACCCACUAAAACAGCUGUAGGUCUACUGUCUUGUGUUUUUCACUCUCAUUAGUUGAAUGUUUUUUGCUGUGGUUUGUGUUGUAAACACUAGAGGGCACUAAUGAAGAACCUUAAUCAGUUGCUGAAGCCUAAACAUGACACUAAAUAAAAAUAAA